UUAACUUACAAUCCUCGACAUGAUUGGAUGACAGAAUGGAUAGGACCAGCAGAGGAAUGUAAUGUAAUACUUUAGCAUCUUUAUGUUAUGGCGCGUUGCACUUUUACUCCAAAUACUUCAAAUAUAAACAAAGUGCUUUUCACUCAAUACCAUUUAUUUUAAAACUGCAGAUUUUGAAAUAUAAAUCAACUCGCAUGUUAUGCUGCAUUCAAAAUGUACCCAGAAAUAUGGAAGUAGUAAAAUCACCUCCAGCUGCCACAUUGAAGGUUUCUAGUUAGGUGACAGAAGAAUCCCGACGUUUGCACGAUUCAGCAUAACAAGUUCAUUUUGUCAGGAACCUGAAACUAUGCAGAGCUGUGAAGUCGCCUCGCUGUUCCUGAUUUUUUGCAUAUUCGUCAAACUUACAUGUUUCAGACGUUUCCUGACCUCUGUGACCUCGGUUCUUUAAACGUUUAUAAAAAGCACUUUGCGAGGAACAAACACGUGAAUGCUGUCAUCAAACCUAGCUUCUUUCAUCUCCAGCUACUCACAAAAAUGAAAUCUUUCUGCUGUUUCAGAGACUUUGAGAGCGUUAGCUGUGCAUUCAUUUCACCUCGACUUUAAGAGUCUUUAUUCAGGUGUCAGUCAGUCACUGCAGCUGGUCCAAAAUGCUGCGGGACAGUUAUUAAUUUUCAGAUGCAAGCGAGACUUCAUGUCCGCCAUAUUGGAGUUCCUCCACCAACUGCCAGAGUUUGCAUGGGUUUGCACCGUCUUGCCUCUGUGAUCUUUUAAGUUUACACAUUAUGUCAAGAUCCCUGAGGUCUGCUGAAAAAAUGCCCCCAACUGUCCCGAGGUCCAGAUUAAAGCACAGAGGAACAAAUACUCAGGACCUCCCUAACAUUAAACCCAUUUUUUAUAUCUGCUAUUUAUUACUGAUUAUCCAGAAUUACUUAAACCAUAACCAAAGAGAUAAGGUGCCUCUGCAGCCAGAGAGCGUUAAUAUGCAUUUUUUCUUAUUGUCAGUUUGCACUCUGGGGUUCUUAUAACAUUUACUGUUUUCUAGGUAAAAGCCCAAAUGAGCCGUGCACAAAAAGAAAACAAAAAUUCAUUACAGCAAGACGAGAAUGUUUGACAUCCAUGAAAAUCUGGUGAAACUCGAUUGUCCGUUUCCAUCUAACUCCUAUCUUGAUUCUCUGUUAAACAGCACUUCUGAGAACUUAAACCAGUUUUGUGAAUGCACAGAUAACGUACGUGUUGAUUUGUAAUUCUGGUUUAUUCCAGCCUGCUGUGUUUCCCAUUAAUGUGUCUAUUGCAUCUCUGUGAAUCAUCCAAACUUUGCUAAGCUCGUGGUAGUUUUGACUCAUGAUCGAGUUGCAUAACAACAGCAUCAAGCACAAACUCUCUGCAGCUUUCUAAAGAAACACAUUUUGUGAAGUUCAAUUCAGUCUAAAAAAUCAAAAUAGUAAUAUAUGUAAGUCUGGCCUUUAUGUUUGAGUCUAUUGACUGAGGCGUGUGUUUGUAUGAGUGUGUUGAGUAAGUGUGGGCGUGCUGACUUCCUGCUAUGAGGAAACUCUCUUCCGAUGGAGACACGCUGAAACGUUUCAGGUCCGAACUGAUGUGGAAACACACUGAACAGUGACAACACACACACACAAACACAGACACACUUAUUUACACACACUUGUUUUCACUUCAUCAGGGUUCAGGCUGAGUUUGCUACCAGCGCUCAUCGGGUCUCGUCUGUCGGGUACUGAUGGCAGAUCUGUGCUCCGUCUGACGAGAGCGCUGCCUCAUCAUCACAUUAAUAAUUUGUUCAGCAUGUCAGAUGACAACAACGAACUGUUGCGAUCACGAGGGCUGUCAGCAGCGACACGUGGAGUGUGAUCUUCUUAUUUUGUUUGGAAACUCCUGAAUGGCAAAACAGAACAGAAAUUUAAGUUAAAGUGAAGCUGAGAAGCAACAGAGGAACAGAAUGCAUGCUGUGGUGAGGCGCAGAUAAGGAGGACCCAACCACUGAAAUACACCUAUACUCACCAUGAGCAUGUCAGCAGUGCACUCCGCCUCCCCUCCUGCUGAGGAACCAGUGACACCCCCACCCUUGACCACACCUCCUCGCAAAGCUUCAGUCCGGCUCCAGGAGAGGCGGGGCUCUAAUUUGUCUCUCCUUUUGGAUGUGAACACUUUGGGGGUGGAGACUGUCUGCUCUGUCUCCACCCCAAAGGAGGUGUGGCUUCAGCUGCUUCACACCUCCUCACGACCACUCACACACACGCUGCUGCAGGAAGCUGCCAUUGACACAAAUACGCUGAAUGUAGAGUACCAGAAGAUCCCUCCGAACUUUGUGAAUGCUGCUGACCUCGAUGUUCCGGGACACAUGAUGAAAGACCGAUACAAAACCAUCCUCCCCAACCCUGAGAGCCGAGUGAUCCUGAGGAACCCGGACGAUGAACCUGGGCCUGAUCGCUACAUCAACGCCAACUACAUCAGGGGCUACAAAGGGGCUCCCAGGGCCUACAUCGCUACCCAGGGGCCCAUGGUGCACACCGUGGGAGACUUCUGGGACAUGGUGUGGCAGGAGAGGAGCAGUAUCAUCGUCAUGGUUACGAGGCUGAAGGAGAACAACGAGAAAUGUGAGGUGUACUGGCCACAGCCGAGAGACAGGACGAAGAGGGUAAAGGAGGAGGACGAAGACACGGAGGAGAAGGAUGGGCAGAGGGAGAAGGAAAAUGAAGAGGAAGGAGAGACGAGACAAAUCGGCAGAUUCCUUAUCAGAGUGAAAGACAGCCGAGAGAAAGACGGAUUCACGGUCACAGAUAUGGAGAUUCAGCUCCAUUCAGAGUGUCGACACGUCAGACACUACUGGUUCACAUCUUGGCCUGACCAUCAUAUCCCACAAUGCAUAGCUCCAUAUCUAAGGCUGGUGGAAGAGGUGGAGACGUACAGCAAGUCCCUUGUGCCGCCCUCUAGCUCUCAGGAAGUCUCUGCGCCCGCCUCCAGCCCUGGACCAAUCAUCAUCCACUGCAGUGCAGGUAUCGGGCGGACAGGCUGUUUUAUAGCCAGCACUAUCGGCUGUCAGCAGCUCAGAGAAACCGGGCAAGCUGAUGUCCUGGAGACAGUUUGUCAGCUUCGACUCGACAGGGGCGGUAUGAUCCAGACCUCAGAGCAGUACCAGUUCUUGUACUCCACACUGGCCCAGUACAGCUCCCAGCUGCAGCAGAAACAGAACCAGCCUGGCACACUGCCUCAGAGCCAGCAGAACCCAGAGGACCAGGUCAGCAUACAGCUGCAGAACCUCGAGCUACACAGCAAACAGAACAGGAAGAUCUCAUAGAACCUGGAUAACCAGCAGUGUCUUCAGAGAAGUCCAGGAGAAGCGAGGAGAAAGACGCCAGCAGCAGCAGAACUUAAAGAACUGAUGCACCAGCAGGGGGACAAGGAGGAUCCUACAGGGGCCCCAAAGAACUGGUGUUUGGCUCCAAUUUGACUGAACAAGCAGAGAAUAGGAAUAAUUAGAAGAUCAAAAGCAUCAUGUUCAUGACAGACUGAGACUGAAUCAGACUAAUUAAAUAAAAUAAGGCAGGAAUAUUCAUUGGCUUGGCUGUGGUAUUUUUCGAGCAGCUAUUUACCACACACAUUUAUUUGUUUAACUCUAAAUACGGCCUGCUAAGUAUGAAGACAUGUUUUAAUAGUCAGAACAUUUGAGGGUAUCAAAACAAAUCACAUAGAUCUCUUCAUGAAAUGCGACCAGGACAGUUUGUCACAUCAGCAGUGGCAUGUUUGACAAUCAGAAAUCAUUGGAUCACCAUGUUUCUCUCUUAUUAUUUGACCCAUUCUGUUAAUUUAUGAAACAAAAACACCUCUUGAGCCUUGUUGAAAUCUGCUGUUUUUUGAUCUCCUUUAGAGACUAAUGUGUAUAAAACAAUCAGAUCAAUAAAUUAUGAAUAUAAAUAC